AUGGAGACUUCAGCAACAAGAACAAGACUGGUUCUGCCGCAGUUAGAGAUGUCUCCGGCCCCUCGUGCCGGCCACGGAACGUGUAGAGAGGGGGUUGUGCCUUCUGGACUUAGAAAAGCACGGCAUGGAGGUACGAAAGUUACCACAAUUUUUGUGUUUACAUUUGACCAACUUGCUGCAGAGACGAGAAGAGAACAGCAGAGGGUGGAAAUCGACUACGAUAAGCUGCGGGAGCUAUGUUUGCAAGUAGGAGAUGAACGAGACGGCGGUGGAGAGCACACUGGUCCCGCAAACAGAGAACAGCGCCACCGGCAGUUCAUGUCGAACUACCGACUUUUGCUGCGAGAAACGCCUGCAGACGGAGGCAGGACUGCAGCAAAAGCCCCACCUCCAGACAGGCAGUGUGACACUUCUUGCAGCAGCAGCAGCAUUUCAGUGGACUGCUCGCACCAAGUGGAUGUGGAGGCCAUCCACGGUCGCAGAGCCACAUCAGUGCAGAAGAGUACAGUUGAAACCAAUACUAGGCUCAAGGCCAUGCUAAACAUACUGAGAAAACUACCACUACAGAGAGACGUUGGUGAAGUAAAACAACUAUCAAAUCAUCUGUCUCGCUUCCCGUCCCUCCUCCCUCCUUCCGACAAAGACAGACCCAGUGUGUUGGUCGGUGUGGCAGCUCGCUGUCUUCUCGAGACAAUCCCAAAGAAGGGAUUCUCCCUACCAGACAAAGGAGGCGUGUACCUCAUUCUCCAGGGGAGUGUGCAGAGAAAGACGAAAGAUGAGGCUACCCAGGAGAUCAUCUCUACCCAGUUACACGAAGGAGACAGCUUUGGCGCAAUGGAGGAAAAUUUCAUCACAAACCAAGGCAAAAACUGUGAGGCGGCUGAGAGGAGGGAGAGACUGUCUCUGAUCAGCUCCUGUCCAGCUCUGAGUGGUGUCAGUAGUUCUGUCACUGGAGCUAUGGCCAGUGACAUCACUGGGAGACAAUUCCUCCUAACACCAGUCAGUGAUGAUAGGGAGGCUGGGUCCAGGAUUGUGUGUGGGAGAGGCUCUGUUGAGAGGGUCGGAGAGGCAGCCGUACAAGGUCCAGACUGGCUCCAGAGUCAGGAUUGGCUGGGUGCCCUCGACUACUGUCACAAGUUGGUUUACCACACACCCUCUAUGUUCCUGGAGUGUGUCAUUCAUACACACUCCAGCGAUGGAUAUUAUACAACCAAUAAUAUUAUGCGUGCAGUGAAUGAAGUUGGUAAACUGAUUCCAGCAGACAAGGACCUCUCUAUCCCAGUUCCAACCAAAGAUACGGUUCGCCACCAGUAUGCCAAGGAACUAAUGGCUCUACACUGGAGACAGAUCAAGAGUGACAUUCUGAGUGAAGCAAAAGGUGACCAGGUACCACAACCUGAACCAGUCGGCAGAUGGAAGAUAUGAGCACCCAAUUAAACUAUAGUUCAUUGUGAUUGUGAGAAUAAUAAUAGAUCUUUACACAACAAAACGGUAGCUAUAUAUUCAAGAAGGUUUGUCUCUAUUUCUCUCGAUAAGAGGAAUUCCGAGAGCAGUUCUAACAGACGGUCUCCUCAGGAGCAACAUCUGCACUGAGACUAGCAUAGUGUUGGGUAUCCAGUACAUGAAGACAGCCUUGGGGAAAGAGAUGGUUAUGGGGAUGAAAAGGACGGAGGCGGCUGUGAGAAUCCUCCUCACUUUCUUCUCCAUUGCAUUCGUCUCUCCCACCUCCCCUCCCAACUGUAUGUUCAUCACGAAGAGUCCGCAGGCAAUGACAGGCAGACUGUAGGUGGGGUCAGGGAUAGUCAGGUCACCAAACCACAGCAUCCCACCACUCUUCAUCUCCUCGACCGGUGCCAACGCCAUCUUUCGCAGACCGACGAAGAAAGACAUGAAGAAGGGAAGUUGCAUAAACGGUAGAGCCAUCAUGGUCAGCGGGGAACAGUUAUGUGCCUUGUACAGAUCUGCAACCUUCAUCUGCUCCUUCUGAACCAGCUCAGUGGCUCCGAUUUUGGUAUAGUGUUGCACUUUCUUCAUGAUCUCGGCUAGUUCUGGCUGAAUCUUUGCCAUCUUUGUGGCGUUCUUGGCAAACUUUACGCUCAGCGGGAAGAGAAGUAUUCUCAUCACUACAGUCGCUAUUGCCACGGUGCCCCACCACGGGAGGCCCGUACUAGCGUGCAGGGAGUCCAACAGUAUCUGAGCAAGGCCAACUGGUGUAUAAAGAGCCCCAAGACCCAGGCUGGCCAGGUCUUGCCCGGUGUGAGCCGCGUCCGACACGACUUGAAGGACAUCCCCCUGAGAUACUUCAGACACCCCGCCACCUGGGUCAAGCUGCAGGGUUUCGUCGCUCCAACUGUCUUUAGCGCCGGCCCCGGGUACUUUUGACACACCUCCACUGACAGUCGGGGUCGAGGAAAACGCUCUGAAUGAAGCACCUCUGCACUUCUGGACAGUUUUUCUGCUAGUGAACCCAUGCACACAGCCAGCAGAUCUAGUGACGCUAGCCUUCAGGACCAGUAGAAGCCCUCGCCUGCUGCACAGGACGUUCAUCGCUGUGUCUCCACCACGCGUGCGCGGUGUCUGGCCAACUUUAUUUUUAUAUCAAAAUUUCUUUUCGGAACGCUGAAUUAGAGAUAGAGUCCGCACUGCAACAUACCGACGAAAAAGCAGCAGCAGCGAGAGAGGUAGGUUUACAUUGUACAGAAACGAACGCAGGUGUAGUCAGAAUAUCCAUUCAACAGUGACCAAGCGGGUUGGCCAAGGCCAGUUCUGACUACUGGUAGCCACCGUAGCCGCCAUAAGCUCUACCUCCUCUGCCGUACCCAUCAGACUGGGCUCCUCCACCUCCUCCAUAGCUUCCAUAGCCCUUCCCAGUGUACCCUGACUGCUGUGGGUAGCCAACCGAGCCAGCCCCUCGCCCAGAGAGAGAUCCGUAGCUCCCACCUACUGGCUUGCUGACUGCAGAGGCAGAUGUGGGGGAAGAGGAGGGGACAACUGCACUGGAGCCGAGAAGAUUGAGGAUCUUGGCCUGGAGGUCUGCCUGCUGGCGCUGGAUGUCCUCAGGGGUGUCUGUCUCCAUCACAUUCUCCGUCACGUUGUGGGAUGAUGACGCAAUAUUGUCGUCCUGUUUCUGUUUCUGGAGUGCAGAGAUGACGGCCGAGAGCUCCGAGGAGGAGAGAGACGCUCCCGACGCGGCCUUCCCCAGGAGGUGGGACACGUCGGGAGCCGCUGGGGGCGGGGCC